AUGAACAGACCCGUGUCCUUAUUGUGCGGACACAGUGGAUGCCAAGAAUGUAUACAUCAGCUUAUUUCAAAUCAAUCCGGAGGUGGACGGGAAAAGGCGUGUGCAGUAUGUCGGGAGCCAAUCAACGAACACAUGUUGAACAUCAGCAUACCCCUCAGCUCAGUCAUUUCCAAAUUGAAUGUGAAAUGCACAAAAGUUGGCUGCACGUGGGUCGGUGAGCAUGGUUCUAAAGAGAGACAUCAAGAGACCUGCUCAUUCCUCCUUCUGGAAUGCCCCAAUGGCUGUCCUGGAUCGCAUUUGCGAGAUUCACUUGAGCGUCACUUGGAGAUCUGCCCUCAAGAGAAAGUACCUUGCAAGUACUGCACUGCUGAGGUGAAAAGGUCCCAUGUUCACCUUCAUUUGGACGAAUAUCCGAAAAGAAUGAUGAAAUGCAGCGUGGCCGGUUUCUUAAGUUGCCGUGAAAGGGAGUUGUGUAAGCGAAAGUACUACAGAUGGACAGUGCCGAAGUCGACAAUCCGAAUUCCAGAGGAUAUUUCAAGUCCACUGUUUGGGUUUGAAAGUCACUCAUUUCGGUGUCUGUGGAAGAGGACCUCUGGCCAAAAUAGGCUGUUUCUAAAUGCAGUGUUUGGUUCUUCGCCAAUCACAGUUCAAACAAGAUUUGUUUUGUUAAACGAGGACGGAGGAAUGAGAGUCUUUGAUACCGAAUAUGAAACCCUUAUGGAGGAUCAAAUCAUCGGGGCAAAGGAAAACUUUGGCCCGAUUAAAAAGGGCAAGAUUAAAUUAUAA